UCAUAGCGAAAUGCUUAACGUACAAACUCCAAAUCACUUAAGUAGUCUCGGUGCGUGGAGUAGCCCUGUAAAUGUGACAAAAAGCAAAAACUUUCCAAUACCGCAAUCAUAAACUGGAGUGUGAGCAGAAUGGCCAAGACUGUCUUAGUUCUGCAUAUACUAAGCAUCUGAAGAAAAUCAAACAACAAACAGCCACAUUGAAAAACACAUGAGGCUGCAAGUCAGCUUUCAAUUCACCAAAGUCCUGGUUAGGGAGUAACGCCCCUAAUUUCUGUCUGAUGAAAUGAAAACUGUGCACUUCUGUAGUGUGUGUCUGCCUAUCACUUUCCAGGUUUAGUAACACAAUGGCAUUCCUCUGUGCGGGCUAUGGGAGAUAUAUUCCAUACUCAAGAGCAACAGGUUGAGUCUAUGCAAUCUACAAUUGCUCAAACAACCAUAUUGAUAGCAACACUUCAAACUCAAACAAUUAAAAGCCCUAGUCACGGUUGAGUUCUUGGCUCCCCUAAAACACAUAUGCAUAAAAGCCAUAUCCCCAUAACUCAAUUAAGAAACAAAGAAAUCAAGGUGUCACCAGUUUCUUGAAUUCUUACCCUAAUUUGACAUUUUAAGUCUACUUAAUUUUUUGUCUUCCAAAAAUGUGCACUCCUCUGCAACCUUCAGUGGUUGGAAGUCAUUAUCGAGUACUGUAUCUCUAAAUAUGUACUAGUAUUGAGAAAGCAAAUCACCUUUCUAUCAUCCACUGCAAUUUUACUUCUUCUUUAUUGUAAAGCCAAAAUCGCUUUCACUUACAAUGUUCCGCAUUUCCAAUCUAUCAACAGAUUACAGUUUUGUUUAAUUUUAAUGUGGCUAACUUAAGAUGUUGUAUAGUAAAUUUAUGCAACUGAUCACAGUUAUUAAAUUACUGCAUCUGCACAAGAAGCAAUCAAACCUCUUAUUAUAGUUUUUGUGUGUGAAUGUUAAAUGUCAAGGAUCUACCAAUGCACUGCGGGGAAGCACAGUACAGUUAAGGAUGCAUAAAAUAUCAGCACUUUUUAUGCCUGUGCAUCUAACAAAGACUCCCAUCAUAAUUAACUAGUAUGCAAAUAAAUAAUUUUUACAAACUACCUUGGAAACAGUUGUACAGACAAUUUUUUUUUUCCAGUCAACAUCUUAACGCAGCUCAGUGAUAUUUAAACCUUUAGACACAUCUCUAUCCGAAUCAUGUAUGCAAUAAAAUAUUUAAGCCUCACAGAGAUGGGAAAAUUGUAUUAUAAAUCUAAAUCUCUGUGGAAAAAGGUAAUUUAUGAUGAUAAAUUUAAUUGUGCUUUUUACAGUUUGUGAAAUGCAAUUUUUUUUUUUGCUUUCCUAUUGUGAUUUACCUCUGUUAUUCCAAGUAGCAACAUUGUAGGUUUUUCCUGCAUUAUAUAUUUCUUUGACUCUGGAUGAUUUGCAAGAAUUCUUAAAUGAUAUGCAAGGUGUAAAAUAUCUGGAGAUAUGUCAUUUAGGUUGAGUUUAAAUUUAAAAUCUAAAGAAAAAAAAUAAAUGCUAAAAUUGGAUGAAUUAGUUGUGAUGAGAAUUUGACCAGAUGAAAAGAAGUUAAAAUAAUAAAUGACUUGACACCCUCAAUUGUGAUGUAGUGAAGGUGCCAUAACCGUAUCAACCGGCAUGGACGGUUACAAGAAUAUUGACCUUGAGCUUAAAGGGACACUAUAGUCACCAGAACAACUACAGCUUAAAUUUUUUCUGGUGAGUAGAAUCAUUACCUUCAGGCUUUUUGCUGUAAACACUGUCUUUUCAGAGAAAAUGCAGUGUUUACAUUACAGCCUAGUGAUAACUUCACUGGCCACUCCUCAGAUAGCUGUUAGAGAUUCUUCCUGGGUCAUGGCUGCCUAAAAUGUAUCCAAACAUUCAGUGUCUCCUCCCUCUGCAUGCAGUCACUGAACUUUCCUCAUAGAGAUUCAUUGAUUCAGUUCACCUCUAUGAGGAGAUGCUGAUUGGCCAGGGCUGUGUUUGAAUCAUGCUGGCUCUGCCUCUUUGUCAGUCUCAGCCAAUCCUAGGGAAGCACUGUGAUUGGAUCAGACUACCACUUCUGAUGAUGUCAGCAGACUGCUUGUUUUUAUGAGUCUAACAGCAUGCAGAGUUACAGCUUCAAGCUUGAAUACAGUAAGAUUUUUGCUAUAUUAUGGAGGCAUGCGGGGCCCAGGGGGGCUAGAGGUGGUGUUAACACUAUAGGGUCAGGAAUACAUGUUUGUGUUCCUGACCCUAUAGUGAUCCUUUAAAUAUAUUCUGUUUAUGAGGAAAGUGUUUAUAGUCUGCUACUUAGAUGUUUAGCAACUUGGAGAUCUUUAGAUAUUGAUAUGAAGUAGUGUAAUGCUAGACCCAUUUUACAGAUUAAUAAAAGUGUCCGUGGAACUUGUGAAAUGACCAGGAUGUAUUUAAAUAUUACUACCAAAACAAGUUUUAAAUGUCAAGAGUAGUUUCAGUAAUGUAGAGUUGGUGCUGCUUUAAAUCAGUCUGACUGGGGUGUGUCUAACUUCAGAAUGCUGAAGAUGCAACUCCCAUCAUUGUCCACUAGGAAAACAAAAAGUGUGUUACAUACACAGCAUCAACUGUGCCUGUGAGGGUUGGGGGUCCCCCACUCUACCCACAACUUCUAAGGCAUACAUUUACACUGUGUGGUUCACAUCAGGGUACCCUGUGUUGUGAUGGCUGACAACAUUAUGAUGCUUGCUCUUUAAAUGUCGCCAUCCCAAUGCUUGCAAACGUUUUCACCAUGAUAAUCCACUGUAGAAAUACAACAUUUUAUAGUCAUUUUUUGCCCAUUGUGAGUCCAUAGAAUUUAUGAGAGGUUAAUGCUGGUGUCAUUUUUUUAAUUUGUAGCUAAGCAUGAAGACGUUUAUUUGAUUUGAAGCAGAUAAAUAUGCAUCGAUCAUCAGGAUGUGCUCAUAUUUGCUUAUAUCUAACAUUUAAGGCAGGAUGGCAUCUUUUUGGCUGCAAGGGAAUGGGAGGAAGUUAAAUUAAUCUCGCUGGCCCAUAGAUCAGGCCAUGACUAGCCUUGUCACUUCCUGUGUGUGUUGUCAGGGCUGAGAGAUUUACUACAUCAUUUAGUCAGAACAAAUACAAAAUUGCAGUUGACGAGUAACUAAAAAAAUCUGCUUCUGCAGAUCAUGCAAAGCUGACCUGUUCAUCCCAGCUUUGAUUAUUUCUACACAUAGUUUCUAAAUUCUUAGGAAACCGUAGUAUUUUAAUUUUUAUAAAACUAUUUGAAAGUCCAUCUCCAUAACAAAAAAUUAUAUUCUUUCAAAGAGCCUCGUAGUGCAGUUUGUCUUUUCUGCAGCCUCUUGGGUAAUCUCAAUAUAUGGGGGUCUCAAUGAGAAACAUGUUGAGUAUGCUUUAUAUUCUUAGAUCAGAGAAACUCUCAUCUUUCCCAUCAUAUAAAGAGCUUUGUUAAAGGGGCACUUCAAUCAUCAUGGCAGCCUAUUUUAACUGAGGUGUUAUGGUCUCUCCAACCCCCCCAGCUGUACAUAAACUUGUUUGUAGUGGGACUGCAGAGUAACCCCCAUUCCAAAUGAACUGUGGACACCACUGCAGUCACAGUACAUUAAAAAGGAGAUUGUCCUGCGUACAAGCAUAUAUGUGCAGCCAGGGGUACAUAUAGCUUCCCUACGUGAUGUCUCAGAGUGAGGGACAUCGCGUAGCAACAUAGAGAUGGGAACUGGCAGUUCCUCCAACACAUACACAAUGAGCAUACAUUGUUCUGAUGCUCAGAGUAGAUAGUGUCCUUAAAUACAUUCCACUGACCGCACAAUUUAUUUUAGAUUUUUAAUACAAAUACACAUUUCACACAUUUUCCUUAGUAAAAACAAAUCCAAUUAAGAGUUUAAAAAGAUCCCCGACAGAAGCUGGCUCUGUGCCAAACAGCUCUAUUGCAUUACACAGCCACGCAGCCUUCUGAAAAGGAUCUGAAUCCCGUGUGCAAUGAAGGGUUAAACUGAGGGAAACCCUUCUCUACUUUUACAGACAUUGUAAAAACAUAUAUAUGGAUAACUUCCUCUUAUAUGUAGAAAUUGUUUCCAUUCCUUGUUUAUGGCCUUUUAUAUAAACACUGUAUCGUAGAGAAGGAUGCAAGAUUAAAUAUUUAUUAAAAUAUAUAUAUAUAUAUAUAUAAUACACAAGAUCCAGCGCACUCACCUAUCCACUAAACAGCAACUUCAAUGUUGAAAGAUUUUUUUUUUUUUUAAAACAUCUAAUCUAGGCAAACAUUAUGGGGGUUUAGUUACAUUAUAUGAUCAUACAUUGCAUAAGCCUGCCACAACGUCAAUGUACCCCAUCUUUGGCAGGUCCUACAGUAAAAGCCUAAUGUCUGCUCUUAUGAGAUUAACCUACUUGGGGAAAAAAAUUCCAUCUGGGGCUCUCUGCAGUACAAGGCUAAAUAGGGCCCUGGGAUGAGGCACCUGUGACAGGGAGGGGUGCAAAACCAAGGAGUUGGCUAGACUCCCAAAUAUAUAUAAAACAAGAGGGGGUUGGCUGCACUCACCUUAACAUGCAUAAAUGGGGGUGCUGCUGGGGGCCAAAUAAUACAAUACACAAGAUCCAGCGCACUCACCUAUCCACUAAACAGCAACUUCAAUGUUGAAAGAUUUUAUUUGUUUUUUUAAAAACACCUAAUCUAGGCAAAAAUAAUGGGGGUUUAGUUACAUUAUAUGAUCAUACAUUGCAUAAGCCUGCCACAACGUCAAUGUACCCCAACAUUGAAGUUGCUGUUUAUGGAUAGGUGACACUGAUCUAAUGUCUGCUAUUUGGCCCCCAGCAGCACCCCCAUUUAUGCAUGUUGUGAGUGCAGCCAACCCCCUCUUGUUUUAUGUUAUCAGGGAGUCUUAACCUGCCCUCUGUCAAGGUGCCUCAUCCCAGGAUUUAGCACUAUUUUCUUUUCCCAGAACCAAUUUUUUUCCCAUUAUCUGUUGACCUGCCAAAAGAUAUAGGCCGAAGGCUUAUGCAAUGUAUGAUCAUAUAAUGUAACUAAACCCCCAUUAUUUUUGCCUAGAUUAGGUGUUUUUAAAAAAACAAAAUCUUUCAACAUUGAAGUUGGUGUUUAGUGGAUAGGUGAGUGCGCUGGAUCUUGUAUAUUAUAUUUAUAUAUAUAUAUAUAUAUAUAUAUAUAUAUAUAUAUAAUUAUUGUUAUAUAUAUUUAUAUAUAAUAUAAAAAAAUUAAUAUGUAAAUACGUAAAAAAAAUAAGUAAAAAAAAUAAAAAUAUAUAGAUGUGUUAUUUCGUUCUAACGGUAUUGUGAUAUUAAUAUAUAUAUAUAUUUAUAUCAAAAUACACGUAGAACAAAAUAAUAUAUAUAUCUAUAUACAUAAAUAUAUACGUAUAUAUCACUAUAUAUAUACCUAUAUAUAAAUAAAAAUAUUUUAAAAAAAUUAUACAUAUAUAUUCACAUACGUAUAUAUAAACAUAUAUUAAUUCUACAUAUAUUUAUGUAAUAUUUUUACAUAAUUGGGUAUCUUAAUUAAUUACAAUUAGCGGGACCUGCCUGACAACCCAUGCCGAAAGUAAAGGGAAUUUAAUUUGCUAGCACUAUAUUUAACCCUAUAACUUUCCAAGACACCAUAAAACCUGUACAUGGGGGGUACUGUUCUACUCGGGGGACUUCGCUGAACACAAAUAUUAGUGUUUCAAAACAGUAAAAUGUAUUACAACGAUGAUAUCGCCAGUAAAAGUGACGUUUUUUGCAUUUUUCACGCACAAACAGCACUUACACGGACGAUAUUAUUCCUGCGAUACUUUUUACUGUUUUGAAACACAAAUAUUUGUGUUCAGCGAAGUCUCCCGAGUACAACAGUACCCCUCAUGUACAGGUUUUAUGGUGUUUUCAAAAGUUACAGCGUCAAAUAUAAGGCUUGUGUUUCAUUUUUUCACAUUAAAAUUCGCCAGAUUGGUUACGUUGCCUUUGAGACCCUAUGGUAGCCCAAGAAUGAAAAUUACCCCUAUGAUGGCAUACCAUUUGCAAUAGUAGACAACCCAAGGUAUUGCAAACGGGGUAUGUCCAGUCUUUUUUAGUAGCCACUUAGUCACAAACACUGGCCAAAAUUGGCGUUUUUUGCAUUUUUCACAUACAAACAAAUACUAACGCUAACUUUGGCCAGUGUUUGUGACCAAAUGGCUACUAAAAAAGACUGGACAUACCCCAUUUGCAAUACCUUGGGUUGUCUACUAUUGCAAAUGGUAUGCCAUUAUGGGUGUAAAUUUCAUUCCUGGGCUACUAUAAAGUCCCAAAGGCAACGUAACCAAUCUGGCGAAUUUCAAUUUCAAAUGUAACGUGCUAUAUUUGACCCUGUAACUUCCCAAAACGCCAUAAAACCUGUACAUAGGGGGUACUGUUUUACAUGUGAGACUUUGCUGAAUACAAAUAUGUGUAUUUUAUUGCAGUAAAAGCAAACAGUAUUAUGACAUUGACAGUUAAAAUGUCAUGUAGAACUAAAACAAUCAAAAACAAUCUUAUUUUCUCCCAUUUUUUUCAUAUUAAAUUAUGUUUCAGCUAAAUAUUUGAUAUUAAAUGAAAGCCCUGUUUCCCCUGAAUAAAAUUAUAUAUAAUAAGGGUGGGUGCAUUUAAUAUGAAAGAGGUGAAUUACGGUUGGACAGACAUGUAGCGCAAAUGCCAGGAUUUGUUUACAUUUUGUUUCAUUCACAACGUGUACAUUUGGCUCCGUCCUUAAGGGGUUAAAUACUUUGUUGUUAUUAUUAUUAUGGACAUGCACCCCCCACCAGUUCCACAAUACCUUUCCCUUCCAUCACUCUGUAUUAGUCCUACCAGAAUUGAUUGCUCUGGAUAUUGCAUUACUUGCCUGACUCAAGUCUUUGGGGGGAAAAAAUAUGUAUUUUGUGCAGGUUCUAAUACACUGUGGGGUAUUUAUUAUUUUCAUUAGGCUACUCUUGUACACAGGACAGGCUGGAGUUGUUGGAAUGCAAUUAAUACUACACAGGGGUCCUACGGGAGAGCAAUUGAGCGGUGAUUUGGCGUGGGCACCUCUACUAGUCAACCUGGCAUACCUGUGCACCAGCCUGUCAGUCUAUGAUGCACACAGCAACUCUGACACAUUCCUAUGCCUCCCAGUAUUGGGGAAAUGUUUUGUUUACAGUGAUUGUCAUUAACUAGCUAGUAUAACCCUGUUAACUCUAAAAACAUACUGGAUUGAUUGUUUUCUAUUUGUAGUAAUACAUUGCAGUAUUGAGAUACUAUGUUAACAUAUAUUGGAACCAUAACAUGGUGGUUGUGUAGAAGUAGAUAAGUCUUUAUUCUUACAAAUGCCACUAGUUGCCUGCAACUGAUCUCGAUUAGAAUACGAUCGUGGCUGCAUCACCCAAUGUGGGGCACAAACAAACCCAUCCUAUCACUGCAGACCACAAAUACGGUCUGGCUGUACUGAAUUACACAGUAAAUAUCCUCUCAUUGGAUUCUAUUGUCUUCCAGUUUCAUGUAUGGGAAGAAAGCUUUGCAUUGUGAGAACAGUAAACUGGUUUACCUUCCCUUUGUCAAUCCUAACAGAUCAUCGAAGAUAUUUUUAUAAGCCCUAAGAUAAUAUUUAAACUGAGGUCUUUUGAAGGUUUGUAAAAACAAAUAUCCAGUGCUUGCAGGUGGCGGGAGGUCAGCUCAUGUUAAAAACGGUUCUGCGUAAGUAACAAAACACGAAAAUAUUUUUAUGUAUUGGGUUCUUUCAUAUUAAGAUAUUCCCAUUCAUAAGAUGAUAGUUUAGUUUUCCAGUUAUAUGUGUAAAUGCUAAAAUUCAAAAGGAGAAAAGUUAAAAAUAAAAAAAGCAGAACUGGCAGACAUGGGGCUGCUUCACAGACCUUCAAGACAGAAAUUUCCCUAUUUUUGUUGCACAGGUAAACGGUCAUAAAUGAAUUCUCCCAGAUCAUACUAUCUGCAUAUAUUAGAGGGGAACUUUCAUUUAAAAACAUUUACAAAUUACCUUUAAAUUGAUUUAGGCUUUUUUUCUUCAUUACGAUGCUCCAUUUUCUUUUAAGUGUGUGAAAGGGAAACUAUACUUACCAGAAGAACUACAACUUAUUGCAGUGGUUCUGGGGUCCAUAGCCUGUCCCUGCAGUCUGAGCAAUAUAAACACUGCCUUUUUCAGAGUGUUUACAAUGCUGCCUAGUGACACCUAUAGUGGCAGUUACUCAGAUGCACACUCUGCAUUGAGACUCAUUGAUUCAAUGCAUCUCUAUGAGGAGAAGAUGAUUGGUGCUGCGAGACCUGCACAGCGAGGGAGAAAAGGUUAUUUUAAAUCCUUAUUUCUUAACUCUGAGGUGGGCCGGGGACCUUAAUAGGUAGUUCAAAUCUAUAAUGUUAGGGAUACAUGUUUGUAUACCCAACACUAUAGUGUUCUUUUAAAUGUUAAGAAAUACCAUCAUAAUCUAGCUUUUCCGUGCACACAUUGCAAAUAUGGAGGAGAAAUAGAAAUUGUUCAAUUUCUUCUCGUCUGUGUGCUUUAUUUAUGCUGACUAGGUGCAAAUUGCAGAGCUUAGAACAGCGAUUGACAGUAGGGAUCGACCGAUUAUCGGUCUGGCCGAUAUUAUCGGCCAAUAUUCAAUAUUUUCGAUAAUACAUACCAGGACCGCCGGGCUUGUAAUGCUUACUUACCUUCCCAGCACCUCCCUGUCUAAAUCUCGCAAGUCCCACGGCCAUCAGAGCAUUGCCACGGGUUACCAUGGCAAAGCUCCGUGCAGCACACAGACCGUGAGAUUUACACAGGGAGCUGCUGGGAAGGUAAGUAAGCGCUUGCUGCGGGCCCCCCCACUGUACUUUCCAUGCCACUGGACCACCAGGGAAUGCUAUAUGCCCCCUCUCUGGCCAGGUAACAAGCAGGGAAAGGGGACUAAAUAAAUAUAUACAUAUAUAUUUAUAUAUAUAAAUAUAUAUAUUUUUUUUUUAAAUGCACCCUCCCCCCAAUUUACAUACCUGCAGAAACACUACACAAACACACUGCAUUAUAUAAACACACUACACACACACACACUGCAUUAUAUACACACACACACUGCAUUAUAUAAACACACUGCACAGACACACACAUACACACACUACACAAACACACUGCAUUCACUAUACACACUACACAAACACACUUUGCAUUCAUUAUAUACACACACAACACAAAUACACACUGCAUCCACUAUACACUCACUACACAAACUCCCAUGCCUAAGCACACUGCAUCCACUACAUGUGGCAUGUAUAUUAUGUGCUUUUACCUUUAGAAAUAAUUUAUUUUUUCAAAAUGGUAAAUGUACAGAAUAUCGGUAAGUUAUCUGCUAUCGGCCUGAAAGUUCACAGAUUAUCGGUAUCGGCUCUAAAAAAAAAAAUCAAUAUCGGCUGAUCCCUAAUUGACAGGGAUCUAAGAUGGAGACCAGUUGCAGGAUAAAGAGUUGUUGAUUACUACAAAUAAAGCAGCUUUGUCAUCUUCUGGAGUUUAUGCAUAUUUUGACUCCUGCUGGUGGCCUGGGGGUUCAGCCAAGGUAAGUCAUACUUACCUGGGGUGUACUACAGGGUGGAGAAAGUGACCAUUUGCGUAAUGUAGAUAAAUGUAUAAAGAAUAUGCAGAAAAAUAACUAUAAAGAUACACAUUUUAAACAUUCCUGCACUUGCUGUAAGUCCCUUGCAGAUCAGGAAGAGGCUGAGCUGAUUGAACGCCUUCAUUCUAUUGAAAGGAGCCUGGGCCAAUUCCACAAACCUCCAACCAGAAGGCAUUCCAUUCAUCUAUCUCAUAGGAUGAAUGGAAUCUACACACUGAUAACAGCUGUACCUGGGCUCCUAUUAGUCUUUGCAGCUGCAAAAUAGCCUAUUAGAAAACUAUCACCAGUUUCAGUGUGUCUUUGCAAAUGAGAAAUCACAGAGUUAUUUAGUUUUAUUUUUGACCUAUCCUGGAAUUAUAGCUUUUGUUGUAAGCACUGCCCUUUUCUGUCAAUUAAAAGCAGACCAGCAGAGACAAUGAGGGAAAGGAGUUCUAAAAAGCGUAAUUAAUUUUCAGACUCUAUUCUGUCCGUAUUUAGUAAAGGGACACCAUAGGCACCCACACUACAUCAGCUCCCUGUUUUCCUCUACUUAAAUUAUGUAAUUUCAUUCUCAGAAAUAUUAAAUGCAUGGAUAUAGAAAUGUAAAGAGCAGGUCUGUAACAAUAAGCCCCAAUGCUGCUGAUGCAAAGCUAUCUGCGACACUUUGAGAAAUCCCCCUGAUGCAUUGUAUGCCCUGGCUGUGCCUACAUUGUGAUGACAGUUUAUAAUUAUUUAGAACAUCACACGAAAAAAUGGUUUAAAUACACUAUAAGGUCAUUUUCAAUAUUAUUUCAUUGAUUUAAUUUCCAGGAACGUGGCCGUUCAUCUUUAAGAGGUUCUACAUUUUACCUGUCUACACAGAUUCAGUGAAGAGCUCUUGUGCUUAGCACUCUUAAAACACUAAAAGCGCAGCUUUCUCACCUACAUGCUUCAGACUACUUCCAGUUAGUGUGUUUUUAGCACAGGUGCACCAGUUGUCGCAUUGCUUGACCACUGGUAAUCAAAUUGUUCAAUAAUUGUCCAGCUGGAAACAAACAAUAUGGGGGCAGAUUUCAUACUCUGAUAAUAAAUGUAGCAUUGCUUUUGGAUGACAGUGUAUGUACUACUGUGAAGGGACACCUUUCAGGUAUAAAUUGAAUGUAACCUGGAAAUUGGUUUUACUCUGUGAUCUCAGUUAAUGAACAUUGGGCACCAGUAGGGGCAACAAGACAAAGUUUUUUGAUUUCGUUAAAACUCGAGUCUGAUAGGAGGCCUAUUAUGGAAAAGGAAAUUACUAUAAGGGUAACGUGGGGACACUUUCAUUUUAAAUGGAAGCUACUAAAGAAUUAAAUCUCAUUAAUCUGAUAUUAAAUAACCAGUCAUCUGUAAUUUUACAAUUGGAUGAAGAUUUUUAUGAACUUUCCAUCUUUUCUCAGAUUCGGCACGUGGCUUUUGUGAGAAAUACUAUACAGAACUUAUCGUUGCCCUUUUCCACGACAGCGGCACAAUAAGUACAUAGUCUAUGACAAUCCUGAAUCCUAGCAGUUGUGUUACGGACAAAAUUGUACAAGCAUGUUACCGUAUUUACUCAAAUCGAAUGCAUACUUUUUUUGGAAAAUAAAGUUUCCAAAAUUUGAAUGAGCAUUAGAUUCAAUCGCGCAUUACAUUUGGGGCAAAAUUCAGAAUUUUCAGCGAAUUGCAUUCCAGCAAAUUAAAACUGCUGAAUUUAAAGGGACACUAUAGUCACCAGAACAACUACAGCUUAAUGUAGUUGUUUUGGUGAGUAUAAUAGCUCCCUUCAGACAUUUUCAUAAUCUCUGAAAAGGCAGUGUUUACAUUGCCCCUAGGAACACCUCCAAGUGGCCACUUCUUAGAUGGCCACUGGAGGGGCUUCCUGGCUCAGGGCUGCACAGUAAGCAGCCCUGCCGUUCAGCGUCCCAACGCAUUUUGGCGAAUUCACAUAGGCAAAUUUUGUUCCUGAAAGACUACUUAAGAAACAAGUAACACUAAAAUUGAAAUGCGAUCAGUGUUACUAUGGUAAACGGCAAUAAACAUUUUCAUUGUAGCACAAUGUUGUAUAGUAGUAUCUUCUUGUAUAAAUGCGCAUUACAUUUGCCAGCAAAAACAUUUUGCAGCUUCCAGGUUUCAGAAAUUGAGGUUCGCAUUAGAUUCGAAUAAAUACGUUAUUUACUGAGCUUGUGGCAGGGGUAAGAACUACAAUCUUUAUUCUUAGAAAAAGGUGUCAUCAAACUGUAACGAGUAGAAAAUAAAGCAAAUCAUUAUUUGCAGUACUUAUUCAUUUCUUACUUUUGAGGGGUGAUGCAAUGUUUGUUACAUAGUAAAUGUAGAAAGAAGCCAUUUUUGGCCAAAAAUCAUUUUGUGAAGAUAGUGCCCCUUUAAAAUAAAUAGAUGAUCUGGAUGGUGCCGUAUUGCUACGUGAUGGCUUCUGUAUAUACAGCCAUCAGAACUCAUAUGAAUGUCUUUUAGUAUAAUAUUGUGUGCUCUUUAUGUUUGUGUCUGUUAGUGUUCCUGUGUGCAAUUGUGCAUGUGUAAAAUGUGAGGGCAAAGUUCUGACUAAUGUCAAGUACGAUUCUAGGGCAACUGAGCUUUACAGGAACUGCAGUUUAUAACAUCCUUUAUAGGCCCUCCAAAUGUUUGUAAACUGCAGUUCCCAUGAAGCCCCAACAGGGUUGAAUGAGCAUUACAAAAAUUGUAUAUUCCGUCACUAUUAAACAGCCAUAAGACUUGCCCUGGCUGCAUGUCACGUAAUUUUCUGAACAUUCACACAAAGCUGUACUGUAUAUUCACAGAAGCUUGAGUAAAAGGAUUCGGGAUACAUUGUUUAUUAUUUCUAAUAUAAGCUUUAUAUAACAUUUGCUGGCCAUGAUAGGGUUAAGGUAGACACUAUUGUCUACAAAUUCAACAAACUACAUUGUAAAAAUAUACAGCUCAGACUUCUAAACCAGUAUAUAAAUAAAAACUUCAUAGUGACUUUGAAAUGUUUUAACUCCUGAAGGACAGCGGGCGUAGUAUGCAGUCCUUACGGAUCCGACUCUAAAUGCCGGGAGGCGGAAUAUCACUUCCAUGCCGUCCUUCCCACUUACCUGCUCGCCGGCGAUUGCGAUGGGGGGGAUUUACCUGGCAUCCCAGGGAGUCCGCCUGCUGCCAAUCCGGCCCUACUGGGCCAUGUGAUCACGAGGACCUGACGAUCACAUGGAUGGAAUAGCUGUCCAUAGCAAUGCCAGCAGGGGGAGUGCCUGAAAUGACAGGUAGUCCCCAUGCUGCCUGAAAUAAAAUGAAAUAAAGUUAAAACAGUGUAAAAUAAAACAAUAUAUACUUAGAAAAAAAAAUAGUGUAUAUAUAUAUAUAAUCUAUGUCCUGAGGAAAGUUCACCAUGGUGAACUGAAACGUUGACUGUUUGGAUUAAAAGCCUUCAUACUUUUCAUAUAAGUCCUUGAGUGCUGGCUCUCUUUUUGAAUCUCUAUCUUCGUGCAGUUAAGCACCGAACCAUUAAAAGGAGGAAAGCUGGAGUGCAGCAAUUGUAUGUGUGUGAAUAUAUGUAUGUGUGUGUGUGUGUGUGUGUGUAUAUAUAUAUAUCACUUACACAUACACUGUCUAAGUGUAUUUUAAUAUUAAUAUAUACAUGUAAAAUGAUAUUAAUUAGUUCAAGUUAGUUUUUUUGCAUUUUUCACACACAAACAAAUAUUAACACUAACUUUGGCCAGUGUUUGUCACUAAGUGGCUACUAAAAAAGACUGGACAUACCCCAUCUGUAAUACCUUGGGUUGUCUACUAUUGCAAAUGGUAUGCCAUCAUGGGGGUAAUUCUCAUUCCUGGACUACCAUAUGGUCUCAAAGGCAAAGUAACCAAUCUGGCAAAUUUCAAUGUGAAAAAACUGAAAUAUGUAACAUGCUAUAUUUGACCAAACACCAUAAAACCUGUACAUAGAGGGUGCUGUGUUACACAUAAGACAUCACUGAAUACAAAUAUGUGUAUUUUAUUGCAGUAAAAGCAAACCGUAUUAUGACAUUCACAAUUAAAAUGUCGUGCAGAACUAAAAAAAAUUCUCACAUUUUCUUUUAUAUUUGAUUCAUAUUAAAUUAUGUUUUAUAGCUAAAUAUUGGAUGUUAAAUUAAAGCCCUAUUUCUCCUGAAUACAAUAAUAUAUAAUAAGUGUGGGUGCACUUAAUAUGAAAGAGGUGAAUUACGGUUGAACAGACGUAUAGUCAAAUUCCAAGUUUUUUGUUUACGUUUUAUUUUGAUCAAAAACGAGUACAUUUGGCUCAGUCCUUAAGGGAUAAAACCUUUUUUUUGGUAAACGCUGGAUGCCGCUCGUAAAGAUAAAAUUGAAGUCGGGGAGGUUUUCUAGUAAAACACAUAUUGGUUUUGAAAAUUUUUCAAUCCAGCAUUAAAGGUUUGUGAAACGUGUUUAAUGUAAAUACUCUGUCUCAUACCCUUCAUGUAAUUGACAAGAGCAGAUGAUUAGCAGUGUUCUCAAUGGUAUUUUUGCAUAAACUUCCAUUUUGACAGACCCCGCACUAUUUAAAUUUUUUUAAAAUUUUUAUUGUCGUUAUUUUGUUCAGUUUUUGACAAAGUUGGCUUUGUCAUUUCAAAUAUCCUAAGUGGUCAUUUAAAAUGUUUGGUAUGCACAGCACAGAAAGUACGGAUUACAGGAAAAAUACUGACUUCACUUACCUCGUGGGUACCUAGAUUGUACAUUUUGAAUAAAAUAUCCACUUAAUUUUAAUUUAACAAAAAAUAGGAUGUAAAUAGGCUACCGGUAGUUUAAAAGAAAAAGAAAUGAUUCAAGGUAAAGGAAUCUGUGCUGAUAUUAACCCAUUUAUAACUGUGCAGUCAUCACAAUCUGGUCCAUGCCUAUAGCACAAUACAAAUAAGAGCAGAUUAUUUAACCUCUUGAGGACCAAUGACCGUCUAUGCCACCAUAAUAAUAAUAUAUUGAAAGAUCAUUUUCCAAAAGGAAAUGUCUUACUUAUUUAAUGAAAAGAGUGUUGUCGAUGCUCCACAAGCCAAAUGAUCCAUAAUGUUAUAAGGUUCUUAGGGACCGGAAUGAUAUUGGUAAAUAUUUGAACCUGAAGGGAUUAAAGACCAGACUGCAAUGAAUAUAUAUAUAUUGUUUUACAUAAAUCCAAUGUGUACUGCAGUAUUAAACUAUGCCUGACAAGUUGAACAGACACAGUUAUACACCGAGACUGGAUUGCUAUCCCAAGUAGCAUUUCCAUCGCAGCAACGGUUUACUGUUCCUCAAAUAUGGGAGCUAUUAAGUCUUUUUUUUAAAUUAUUAUUCUUUAUUUUAGUCGUGCAUAAAAUAACAAACAAGUUUGCAGUGACAUUUCAUUAGAUUGUUUGACAUGAGUAUCUAUAUGAGAUGAGAUGUCAAAAAAUACUGCACAGGUUUUAUGCUUUUUUUUUUUUUUUUUAAUAAGAACACCAAAAACACAAUACAGGUCAGGUAUAGAGAGAAGUCAGAAUUCUGUGGAAUAGAAUUGCAGAUGGAUUCAACAGGUAAGUAAGCACCACCGGAUAGUUAGAGUUAACUAUGGCAGGUCAAUUAGGGCACAACUACAAAAUUAGCCAGGAUAAAUCAUGAACAGUAUCGACAUUGCCAGGUUUGGGAUGUGGCUACCUGCCAUUAAAGACAAACAUGCAACAUACAAAUUAAAUCUAGCGUCACUAGAAGCCCAGAGUAUCAUAGCCUAUCAUAUAUCAUGGAAUACCGCAUUUUUUGAAUACAGGUAUCAUAGCUGCAGAAACUUGAUGAUACUGUCACGGAGCUGUUCAGCCGAUGCCAGUAGAUGGAGGGACAUGAACAAACGUAUGCGAGAGUCCACCGAGUCGUGGAGGGGCGCCCCACCAACUUUGAGCGCUGGUGAGUGCCUGCUUUGUGCCUUAGUGGAUCCAGCUGUGCACAGCCUGAGUAGCAGGGUCUUGGUACCGUCUUGCUGCACGUGAUAGGCCUUGAAGUGCGGGAACCUUACGACAGCGUGAUGUGCGACUGCAGAUUCGCCUCUCUGGAGCGCUGUACUAAUGCACGGUGCUGGGGUGCAUCGGUAAGCUUUUUGCUGGGUCUAAUCGGCUCCAGCCCCCCGUGAUUUGCUCUUCACCAUCUGUAAGGCGCUUGCGGGACAUAGUGUAGGCUUCGCUUGAUAUCGGCUGCACAGUGGCCCAGUCUUGGAUCUGCUUGCCAGGACUUUCAGGUGGGUUAUUUACUGCUCGAUUGUAGAUCCUGUUCCAAAAUCUGGAACACAGGCGAUCAAAGACCAGUAAAAUUGGAUGCAAGUGGAUGGGCGGCUGUGUGCAGGCUCGUGGGGUAUAUUCCAUGCUCUCUGCCAUCUUAGUGAGUAGGCCUCUGGUUUCCACGCUUUAGAUAACGGGAAUAACCCCCGCUGGUCCAAAGGGGGAGGGGAAUUCCUCCAUGCUUUACUGGAUGCAAACAAAAAUAUAUAUAUUUGAUUCUUUAAAUAUCAGGAAAUUAUACAUAACUCACCACUGCAGAUUGUGGUACAAAACUGUAAUACAGGAAAAAAACUAAAAACUUUGCUGUGAUUUAAUUCAGCAUUAUCUCUGAAGUGCAGACAGGCUGCCAAUCCCAUGCUUUUCUCACAGCUAAUUUUUGCUGUUAAAUACUGUUCUUCAAUAAUCCUUUCUACGUAUCUGACUGAGGCAUCAUUGAUUCAUAAAGCACUCAUUACUACAUGUUACAUUAAUUUGCAAUAUAAUAAAACGUCCCCCUUAUUGUUUACACGAGUUCUCUAAUCUAUCUCAAUAGAUUUCCUGGGUACAGCUCAUAUAGAUCUGACCAGUGACAGAGUUAGACUCGCCUUGGAGAACAUUUACUUGUAGCUCUGAAAAGCUCACAUUCAUCAGCGGAUUAGGUCGAUCAGAUUCUACCAGGAUCAAUGGCAAGCAAUGUGAUCCCUCUUACCCUCCAAUCCACAUACAUACACAUUUCUCUGUCUGAGAGCCAUUUAUCUUACAAUGUCAAAUUGCAAUAAUUAACCAGUAUUGAUCUUAAAUUCAAUUAACUUCAUUAACACAGGUCAUGAUGAGGGUUCUUGCAAGUGAGCAGUGCUCUACAACUAUCUAAUAUUCAGUGUUUGGCCCCCGUGUGUUCCUACAGUCCCAAUAUACAGGAUAAGCACACAGUUAAGAUUUAUUUUUACCCUAUUUGGCUAUAUUUGUAUUUGGGUCACAAUGUAGAUAAUCGUCCGCCGCAAGAGUAUGUUUUCCUCAGACAAGUAAAAUACAAACUACAAAAAAGGAAAAACCCGUAAAUCUGCCAUGAAUUAAAAUAUUAGAUUUCCUCAUGGACAAUGGGCAGUUUUCUGACAAAUACAGUAAAGGUGGAAUAUUAUUUUAAAGCAAAACUGACAUUUGUUGGGUGUUUGCAUUUCUCUCAGUAAAAAUCAACUCUUUAUGAAAAUCUACAAAGUAAUCGGGACAAGUUAGGUAUUAAAUCCAUUGGCAAGUCAUUAAAUACUAUCAAAAUGAUUGGCCAUAAAGGGUUUAUAUAGGCCAAAUCUCAGAGUAAGCGAAUUUAGGAAGAACCCAGGUAUGAAUGGGAUCAGAUAUUAUAUUUACAUCAUUUAUUCUAUAUUAAAAUGGAUCAUUAAAAUUGGUAUUAUUUAUGUUUAGACAUUUUAAUUUAAUACAAAAAAAGCAGAGCAUGAUACAUACUGCAAAUCAAGUUGUAUUUAUAGGACUAAAAUAUCCUCUCAAAAGCAAACACCACCAAAGAGCAGUUUCCGUUAGGAUUGAUGUGGAUGCCUCUUACUAACAGAAGGGAUCAUGGGAAUGUUUGCACAAUAUCGUUUUUAAAUAGAAGUUCCUCUUUUGCACGUAUUGUAACCACAACUGACCUUCGCACAACAAAAGGAUAUUUUUUUUUUAAUACAUGCUAUCCAGAUAGAGAACAGAUUUAUUUGAUAUUGGAGCACUGCUAAGGAUUCACGGGCACUCUCGCCUAUUCUAGCAAGUAAAGUACUGGCAUUGGACUGUUUUUUGGGGGCUGGGGAGGGGGUGGAGGUGGUAGUUCAUGUAGCGAUUACAGUACUGGAACUUGUGAAAGGCUCCUGAAAUGAAAAUGAUAAAACUCACUUUGUUUUAAUUAACCCACCCCCCCACAGGAGAUAUGGUAGAUAUUUGUUUAAUAUUGAUACAGCAGCCUGUUCUAGGUAUCGGGAGUGUGUGGGUGGAAAUCAAUUUGUGCUAUAACAGGCCAUAGUGAAAGGGUUAUGACACGCCAAGGGACGGUGUGCAUCCUCUUUAAUCACAAAUGAAAAUCACCCAGGAAGUGCCAUUAUGCCAAUUCAUAUGCAGUCCCCGCUGUACAAUUAAAUGUGUGUGAUAUAUGUCUCCUACUUCUAGUAUUUAAGCAUUUUACCUUGUUUUUAAUGGAGACUUUAACUGUCUUCGUACCAGAGGGGCCGCAAUAGGAUUUAGCUCUAUUGAUCUAACAAUAGAUACCUUGCAGAAGACUCAGUUUAUUGGUUUAUGUAACAAACACACUGCAAACAGAAAGAUCACGGCAUAUUUUAACUCAUCCUCUGCUACUAAAGAAGGUUCAUGUAGAGAGGUGCCAGUAUCUACAUAUGAUAUACAUGUAAAAGGGCUAGAUUUAAAUGAUAUUAAGAAACCUAUUUAACUGAGAAUGAGUACCAUACAAUGUUAUUUGGCUUAUUAUAAUUAAGCUAUUAUGGGGCAUUCUGCUGGUUUCCAUGGAGAUAGCUCAACUUUAAGAACUUUGCCCCAGAUUUACUUUUUACAUCUAAACCCCUUUGUCUUCUGAGAACCUUCUUUUAAAAUAAUUAACAGGUGCUGACUGUUGUGCAGUUUUCAUUUAAAGAUGAAUGGCUAGAAGUCUAAUUUAUUAUUCUUAUGUGUUUCUCUCUGGGGCAAUCACAUUGUGCAAAGAAAGGUCUGCAAAACCUCCAUCUCUCACCUCAUCCUCUCCUAUCUAGAGAAAGGAAAGAAUAUGUGCUUGGGACAUAUGGGGUUAAUGGAAACGACUUAGUGGCACCCACAUCACUUAAAAUAAAAGUGAUUAUAAGCUUUUAAGCCAUUUUCUUUUUUACACUCAUGACACAUCCAAAAUCUAAAUCAUUUUUUAAUUUAUUGUAAUUGAUGUAAAUUUCUUCCUUUGUACGAAUUAUAUUGAUAGUUCUGUACUUUAUGUUUAUUAAAGGUUGAGCAUCAGAAAUGUAAUGCGGGGAAAAAAAUGUGUGCUUAAUUUAAAUUGUGAAUCUGUCUGUCAGGAAAUGCAUUAGGGGUAGAAAAAGCUUAAGACAUAUUAAUUGACAGACAGGAACUGCUGUCUCUAAGGUUGAUACAAGUAAUUUAUUACUUUAGAAAUGAAUGCCACCUCUAGAAUGUGCUUCAUUAAUUUCAAAUUUAGUUUUAAUUUCAAGCUGUUGCCCCUUGAGAAGAAUAAGGUAGCAAAUUAUGUUUGAAGAGCCUUUUUUUUUUUUUUUUAUCCGAGAAGAAAACACUACAGUUUAACUAUUUAAUAUUAGAAAUAAAUAUGCAGCUGUUUAUGAUUUUUUUUGAAAGAUUUGAACAGCUGUUGAGGUCACCAUCGCUAACGCCUGUCUUUUUGUUUCUCAUAGCGUAUGUGUCUGACGAAUUGAAGGCUGCCGUACUUGAUGAUGAUGGGGAGACAGACGACACAGUGGCGGAUGGCGAACCUUCUGCAAAGUACGUCUGUCCUGAAAAGGAAUUUACAAAGAACUCUCCCAUUUACCAACACUCUCCUGUCGGAGAAUUUUCCAGCCACGAAAUGGACAGUGAUUCUCACGUCAGUGAGACCAGUGACAGAAUGGCUGAUUUUGAAAGUAGCUCCAUCAAAAAUGAGGAGGAAACAAAGGAGUCUCUGGUCCCUCUUGAAGACUCCAGUGUGUCUGACAGCUUAGAACAAAUGAAAGCUGUAUAUAACAAUUUUCUUUCCAACUCUUACUGGUCAAACCUCAGCUUAAAUAUUCACCAGGCUACUUCGGAAAAGAACAACGCAAGCAGUAGUAGCAGCAGUAGUAGCAGCAGCAGCUGUGGAAGUGGGAGCUUUGACUGGCACCAGACGGCUAUGGCAAAAACAUUACAGCAGGUUUCCCAAAGCCGGGUUCUGCCUGAGCCCAGUCUUUUCAGCACUGUCCAGUUGUACAGACAGAGUAGCAAGUUGUAUGGAUCAAUUUUCACUGGGGCCAGUAAAUUCCGUUGUAAAGACUGUAGUGCUGCUUAUGAUACAUUAGUUGAGCUGACUGUUCACAUGAAUGAAACAGGACAUUACAGAGAUGACAACCAUGAAACAGAUAACAAUAAUCCCAAACGUUGGUCCAAACCACGAAAACGCUCUUUACUUGAAAUGGAAGGUAAGGAAGAUGCACAGAAAGUUUUGAAGUGCAUGUACUGUGGUCACUCUUUUGAAUCCCUUCAGGACUUAAGCGUACAUAUGAUUAAAACAAAACACUACCAAAAAGUGCCUCUCAAAGAACCUGUCACGCCUGUUGCAGCAAAAAUUGUCCCAGCUUCAAGAAAAAAACUGUCUUUGGAGCUUGAUCUCCCCAGUUCUCCUGAUUCUACAGGGGGAACACCAAAAGCUACACUUUUAGAUGGAACAGACACAUUGCAAAAGAAUUCAAACCCAUACAUCACACCAAAUAACCGCUAUGGGCACCAGAACGGUGCCAGCUAUGCUUGGCAUUUUGAAGCAAGGAAGUCCCAGAUCUUGAAGUGCAUGGAAUGCGGCAGCUCACAUGACACUCUGCAGGAGCUCACCGCUCACAUGAUGGUCACAGGCCACUUCAUAAAAGUAACAAAUUCUGCACUGAAAAAAGGGAAGCCAGUCCUAGAGGCACCAUCGACCCCUACAUCUGUGCUGGAUGAAAAGGUACAGUCUGUGCCGCUUGCUGCCACCACAUUUAGUCCUCCUGCCAACAACAGUUUGUGUCUCUCCCCUAAACUAUGUGUUGAAAUUAAAAAAGAAAUUGAUAAAGAAAAGGGGAUCCUGGAAGAUAAAAUCAAAGACAAGGAGAAAUCAAACGAAGAUGAAGAAAAGUUUGAUGUUUCUUCUAAGUACCAUUACUUAACUGAAAAUGAUUUGGAAGAAAGUCCUAAAGGAGGACUAGAUAUCUUAAAAUCUUUGGAAAACACAGUAACAUCUGCUAUAAAUAAAGCGCAGAAUGGCACGCCAAGCUGGGGAGGAUACACAAGCAUCCAUGCUGCCUACCAGCUUCCGAAUAUGAUGAAGUUAUCCUUAGGUUCCUCAGGGAAAGGUACACCAUUAAAACCAAUGUAUGGAAGCAGUGAGGUUUUAUCACCGACCAAAAAUCAGCCCCUGGUUUCACCUCCUAGCAGUCAGAAUUCUCCUGUGCCAAAAACAAACUUCCAUGCAAUGGAAGAGCUUGUCAAAAAAGUUACAGAGAAGGUAGCCAAGGUGGAGGAAAAAAUGAAGGAACCAGAGGGAAAAUUUUCACCCAUUAAAAGAGCAACUCCAUCUCCCAGCAGCAGUGAGAUCAGUGAGCCCCCCAAAUUGGACACUUCCAAUGACAUUGUGUUAAAAAGCCAGCAGAACAGCCCUAUUUCACAAAAGGACAAUUGUAAAGAAAAUCCAGGUUUAGAACCUGUGGAAAACGGUAAAGAACAUGUGAACUCCAUAAUAGGCAGUUUAGGGAGUAGUACUGCUAUAAUAACAGAUCAUCCACCUGAACAGCCGUUUGUUAAUCCACUAAGUGCAUUGCAGUCUGUUAUGAAUAUCCACCUUGGAAAGGCAGCUAAGCCAUCCCUACCAGCACUGGAUCCCAUGAGCAUGUUGUUUAAAAUGAGUAACAGCUUGGCAGAAAAGGCAGCUGUGGCCACUCCACCAAUUCAAUCCAAAAAAACAGACCACUUAACAGACCGUUAUUUUUAUCAUGUCAACAAUGACCAGCCCAUAGAUUUGACAAAAGGGAAGAGUGACAAAAACUGCUCUUUGGCUUCAGCGCUUUUGUCAUCUACAUCGACAUCUUCUGCAUCUUCUUCAUCUACAGUGACAACGGCAAAGACAUCUGCAGUCGUGUCAUUCAUGUCAAACUCACCGCUGCGAGAGAACGCCUUGUCAGAUAUAUCUGAUAUGCUGAAGAACCUGACAGAAAGCCACACAUCAAAAUCUUCUACACCUACCAGUAUAUCUGAAAAGUCUGACAUUGAUGGUACCACAAUAGAGGAGCCAGAGGAAAAUACACCAGCUCAGAAAAGAAAGGGUCGUCAGUCCAACUGGAACCCUCAACAUCUGCUCAUUCUUCAGGCCCAGUUUGCUGCCAGCUUGCGACAGACUUCAGAAGGUAAAUAUGUUAUGUCAGACUUGAGCCCUCAAGAGAGAAUGCACAUUUCAAGAUUUACAGGACUUUCCAUGACCACAAUUAGCCACUGGUUAGCCAAUGUGAAAUACCAGCUUCGAAGGACCGGUGGAACCAAGUUCCUUAAGAAUUUAGACACUGGUCAUCCAGUGUUCUUUUGUAAUGACUGUGCCUCACAAAUCAGGACUCCCUCUACAUAUAUCAGUCAUCUUGAAUCGCAUCUAGGUUUUCGGAUAAGGGAUUUGUCUAAACUGUCCAACGAACAGAUACACAAUCAAAUAGCACAAACAAAAUCCCCCUCUGAAAAACUAGUGGUAUCAUCUCCAGAAGAAGAGACUGGAACUUCUUACCAGUGUAAACUUUGCAACCGGACAUUUGCUAGCAAGCAUGCUGUGAAACUUCAUUUAAGUAAAACACAUGGGAAGUCUCCGGAGGAUCACCUCAUGUAUGUCUCUGAGUUAGAGAAGCAGUAGCAUUGGCGUUUUAUUACAUUAAAACUGUGGUUUGCUUUGAGGAAGACUAGUAAAAUGAAGCCUUAAAGCUACAGUGUACUGUUUUUGGCACAUGUUCCUAUUUUAUCUCUGGAGAAACUCACUCUGAGAACAGAACUGUUUUAUAAAACUGUACAGUGUUUAAUAGAGGUGCAUACUCAGCUGUUACUGCUACAAUAUGAAGGGUGAAAUGCCAUUGGUGUUUUGAACCUGUGUAAAUUGCGUUAGCGGUAUACAUUGUCUAAUGCGCCACGCUGCAUGAAUCAACAGACAUUUUAAUGAAGCAUUUCUAUUUAAAGCUGGUACACUAUUUUUCAUUCCACUCAAUGUGUGCUAGUAUUUUUCAGCCUUUAGCCCUCUGAGUACUUUGGAGCACUCAUGUUUAUUGGUAAAGAUCUGUGUUUUUUUUUCUUUUCUUUUUUAAAUAUAAAAUAAAAUGUACUUGAUACAGUUCCACUUAACCAUAUGAGCAUCUGCAUUAGCAGCUCUACAGAAGUUGCAUUCACGGUUAAAAGCCUUUACCUCCCACUGGGGCAGCUAUGCAUUGCAGAGCAAUGUAUUGCCAGUUCAUCUGUCAGAGCAGGGGUUAAAUCCGUGUAUAUAAUGUACAGACUCGCAUUAUGGAAAUUGUGGUUGAUGUUAAUGGAAUAUUUUCUCCCCCUCUGGCAUUUUUACGAUUUUAUUUUUUCCUUUGGUAUGAGAUGCAGUAUGCCUCCUUUACAUAAGCUGUGCCUAUGUAUAGUGUAAAAUUUAAUUUGGUUGACUUUUAACCUAUUCAGUGCCAGAAGAUAUGUUUUGGUUUAAGAUCCACUGGCAGUGAAUGAGUUUUGGGGUUUUUUUUGUUUUUUUUUUAAUUAACACCGAGCAUUGUAAAUUAUUCAAAGGAUACAACAAAUAGUCUUUAUAAAAUAUUCAAACAAAAAUACUAUUAUUCUAAAAACAAAAAAGCUAUAAUUGUUUUACUAUACAUCUAUAUUGUUAGAAGUUCAUGUUUAAAUUAUACAUAUUUAUUAGCGAAUUGAUAUAAUUUGUUUGGAACUAUAAGCCCGACACAAGCCAUGGGACUUCUGCUUGGUGUUACUCAGAACGAUUUUGCACAAUAUGACUUUAAAAAAAAAAAAAAAAAGUAUUUAUUACGGCAAAAACAAAGAUCCGCUAAACAUUCUCAGUGCUCGAUGGGUUAAAUCUAUUUGAAGACAAGAAAAAAAAAAACUGUACUGUAUUCCCAAGAAUUGCUAAUCCUUUUAACAAGAAAAAACUGUUUGUACUACAAUACUUUGCUUAAACAUAAAGAGGCAUUCUGUAAUAUAACCUCUUCUACUUAUUUAUAAGCACCUGUGGGUUGUUAUUCUGUAUAGAAUGCCUCCCCCCCCCCCACAUUUUGUAACUUUCUGGUUUUUGUUCUGUCUAAUUAUUCUCCCAAGAUGCAACACGGCAGCUUUAUCUUAAGGCAUAUAUAAAGGGUAACCCGUGGUUACCAUCGCACUAACUCAUUCCGUUCGUCUCCAUUUUUGGCAGUUAAUUUGCAGAAGUAACUGACAGCUGACAACAUACGAGGAAACUGUGUAUAAAAUAUUGGCAUGUAAACAGCACAGACACUGUAAUGCACUUCGUGUCUUUUUUUUUUAUAUUUUUUUUUUUUCUGACAUUGAAGCAACAUUAUAUGAUUCUACAUAUAUCCAUUUUCUACGGCUACAUUAAAAUCGUUUGUUUUCUAUUUUAUUUUUUUGCUACAAUAUUGUGUUAGCAACACAAUCCUGCAUGUGAUCUCAGUUUAUGAGUUCUUCCCAACAAAAGCAUCUUCAUCAAGGUCCAUGUAAAACGACUUUAGAGGACAUGAAAUGCAUGUUCUACAUGGAGUUGGUAAGAUAUAGUGCAGCAGAUUAAAGAUAUCCAGUAAGUGGUGUACAUACACUGCAGAUGCAGGUAUUCUAUACGAUUCUACACUUUCAGCAGAAAUGGAGGGAAAAUAGUGCCUUCGUAAUGCACAAACAAAGC